GUAUAGGCUGGUCUAAGUUGACGUUAAAUGCAUUAAAAGGCUUGUGUAUGUCAUGCAGUUUAUCUAGUGUAGGAAAUAAGAAGGACCUUAGUGAUAGGCUCCAGGCAUAUUUCGGGAAGAAUAAAGGAAAAGCUACAGACAAGAGUGGAGUAGGGGAUGAUGAAGAUUUGGAUAACAUUAUCGAAGUACCUAGAAAUGAUGCAGAUGAAAGAGAUUGGGAUAAUGGAAGUGAUGCUAACCUUGAGUUGGAUGACAUGCGUGCAUAUUCACAGGAAGCAGACAAUAGGAUUAAAGAUGAGUUAGUAGGUUAUUCCCAAGGAAGAAAAAAGGCAGAACAAAUAAAAGUUGAUAUGUUUCUGUUGGCAAUAGCAUGGCCCAAGGUUAGCUUGUCAAAGCCAUGGGAUCAAUACAAAUAUGAUUUCUUGGUAAAAAUUGGCAAAUGUUUGGACAAAGCAAUAAAAGUAGUACCAAUGGCUAAUAAAAAAGACUUUGAUGGUAUUAGAGAUGAAAUCGAAGCCCAGGCAGCUACACUAAGUUUGGCGGAUAAUAAGGGUUGGGGUACAGCAUUACAGAUAGUCAGAAGUAAUGACAAAAUGAUGGAAAAAUACAAGAAUCGCAUAAGAAGAAAAGAUAUUCUUUACCUUCGUCUGAUUCAGAAAGAGAUGAAAGUUAUAAGAGUAAAAGGAGAUAUGAUAGAAGCUUUCAAUCCUUUCGUAACAGAGAAGCCUUUAGGUUUCCAGAACGUAAAGGAGUCUUUAACUGCUUCAACUGUGGAGGCCUUGGUCACAUCGCCUCCAGCUGCCCUUCCACAG